AAACUCUGGCUCUUCACGAAUGCCUACGCCAACCACGGAAAGCGGGUUGUGCGACUUCUUGGAAUCGAUGACCUAUUUGAUGGUCUGACCUACUGCGACUACGCCCAGUACCCAUUCGUCUGCAAACCAGCCAAGGAGAUGUUCCGCAGGGCCAUGGAACAGGCAGGGGUUGAAAACCCGGGAGACUGUUACUUUGUUGAUGAUUCCUACGAUAAUUGCAAGAGCGCGAAAGAGCUCGGAUGGACGGCCGCCCAUCUCGUCGAAGAAGGGUUGCCUAUUCCCGAGAUACAGGCUUCCCAAUUCCAAAUUCGUCAUAUAAGAGAGCUUCGUGACGUUUACCCUCAAUUCUUCAGGUCCAGCGCCUUGAAAAAUUAG